AUGGAGGGCGCUGAGCCCCACGCGCGGCCGGAGCGACUGGCGGAGGCCGAGGCGCGGGCGGCCAAUGGCGGGCGCCUGGUGGAGGUGCAGCUGAGCGGCGGCGCCCCUUGGGGCUUCACCCUGAAGGGCGGCCGCGAGCACGGCGAGCCGCUGGUCAUCACCAAGGUUGAAGAAGGCAGCAAAGCUGCGGCCAUGGACAAACUGCUGGCUGGAGACGAGAUCGUGGGCAUCAAUGACGUCGGUCUGUCUGGGUUUAGACAGGAGGCCAUCUGCCUGGUGAAGGGGUCGCAUAAGACCCUGAAGCUGGUGGUGAAAAGGUGGAAUCAGCUGAGCUGGAGGCCACACUCCUGGCAUGACACCAAGUUCUCUGACAGCCAGUCUGAGCCAGCCGCACCUCUGUUUCCCUGCCCCUCUUGGCCGAGCCAGUACCACACCAGCUCCUCCUCCCAGGACCUGUCGGGCGGUGCCUGGGAGCCAGCAAACCUGCAACGCACCUCGGACCUCUUCAGCUCGCUGGGGAGCAUCGACAGCCUGGACCCAUCCUCCCAGCCUGAUCCGUCGGGGCGCCUCUCCGCAGCCAAGUCCAGCAGAAUAAUCGACUGCCUGGGCGGCGCCAGGAAGCGGGACUCGGCAUACGGCUCAUUCUCCACGUGCUCCAGCACCCCGGACCACACCCUGCCCAAGGUGGACGCGUCCUUAGCCGAGAAUAUCUUCUACAAAGUGGCCCUGUGGGAGGCCUCCGUUGCAGCGGACAGCCGGCCAGGCCUGACGGCUGGCGAGCCUCAUGGCGCCGAGGAGCCCCUGGAGUGUUUUCCGCCCCGGGUCCCCGAGGAUGGCCCCGAGCCUAAGCUAGCUGCUUGCGGGUGGUCCAUUUCCGGGCCCAUCUGGUAUGCUCCUGAUAAGAGACUAGCCCCUCCGUCCCCUACCCUGCCACCUUUCCGGCUCCGGCGCGACAGCUUCCCUGCCACCACGAGCCACGAGCAUACCCAGGGCCCCACGUUCUCAGCAGACGCGACCCCAGAGCAGCCCUUGCUGGGGCUGAGCCGCAUGCAGCCCCACGGUGGCGACUGGAAGAGACCUGAACCCGCUGAUCAGCCGUUGAGGCCGGCGCACGGGGGCGAUGGCCAGAGAGCCGCGAGCUCGGGGUGCACACCAGGGGCGCAUGUGGACUGUGGGUGGCCAGCCUGCGACAGCGGGGCCCAGGCCUUCCCGGGGGCCCCCAGCUGGCUGCAGGUUUCUCUCUCCAGCACCGGCGUGCGCCCCCCGGAGCCCUCGCCCACGUGCCAACAACUUCCCUGUUCGAGCGACCAGGGCUCCUUCUUCCUCGAGGGCCCCUGGGCCGCCACGUGGCUCGGGGAGCCCCUCCCUGCUGACCACCUUGCCGAAGACAGCCCUGCUGCCGUUGUCGUUGGAGGGCUGCGCGCUGCAGACCAGAGGGGCGACUGCCGGGGCGACAGAGGGGGCCGCUACUACUGUGUGAUGUCCAGACCCCGUCCCCAGUGGGGCACCCCAGCCCCCCAGGCCCGCUCCUACCCGUCCCGGCUGGAGGGCGCCCCGGGCACAUGGCAGAGAGGCAGGACGGAGCCGGUGGACAGGGCACCCGAGGGCCCACCGGGGGCCGGCCUCCUGGACAAAGGCGGCAGGAAGAGGGUGGCGGGCAUCUUGGACGACGGGGGCGGCGAGAUCUGCCCCCUGCAGACGCCCAUGCUGCACUCACCGAGCUGGGAAAGGGCGUACCCGCCCGAGACCGGCCCCGAGGACACGGCUCCAGCGCCGGCGCCGCCUGAGGCCCUGGCGGGCAAGCCCCUCCAGAGGAGCGACCGCUUCGCCACCACCGUAAGGAAGGAAAUCCAGCAGCGGCGAGCCAGGCUGCAGAAGAGCCGGAGCACGGCCACUUUGGCCAGCUCCGCGGAGGAGGAGGGGGAGGCGGAAGACGACGAGACUGAGGCGCGUGGUUCCCGGGCACAGCCAGUGGGUGCCCCAGAGACCACCUUACCUGGCGGCACCUAUAAGGACCACCUGAAGGAGGCGCAGGCCCGCGUCCUGAGGGCCACGUCGUUCCGCCGCCGCGACCUGGAGCCCAGCCUGGCGGACCCGGAGCCGGCCCCCCGCAUCUGGGAGGGGGCCCCAGGUGCUGGGCCGCCCUUGUGCGCUGCCGGCAGCGGCAGCUGCAGCGCGCGCAUCGGGAGCCGGAGGCGCUUCACUGCCGAGCAGAAGCUGAAGUCCUACUCGGAGCCCGAGAAGAUGAACGCGGUGGGGCUGACGGGGGACCAGCGACCCGCACCCCACGACGAGACGGUGCGCACCUUUGCCGACAGGUGGAAGUUCUUUGAGGAAACCAGCAAGCCCGUGGGCCCCCAGCCCGGGCUGAGGCCGGCGCCCUGUGGCUUCCCCAGGGAGAAGCCGGAGAUGCUGUGGACAGCGGGCCCUGGAAAAGACGGAAAGGAGGGGAGACCCAUCCGGCCAGAGCGGCUCGGCACCUUUGCAGAGUAUCAAGCCUCCUGGAGGGAACAGAGGAAAGUCCCGGAAGCCAGGAGUGGCGGGAGGUACCACUCCGCUGACAACAUCCUCGACGUGGGUGUGGACCAGGAGGAGAGGCCGCAGUACGUCCACGAAAGGUCCCGGUCAUCACCUUCCACGGACCUCUACAAGCAGGAUGCCUCCGUGGAACCUCGAUGGCAAGCAGGGGACCCAGAGGAGCACACGGAGCUUUCUUCGGUGGCACUGGCCGAGGACAGAGGCCCCACCCCAAGACAAGCAGAUGGUCAGCGUGCGGAGGACCGCCCAGGAGCAACACGGGACCCCCGGCAAACCUCUGAACCCCCUGGCGCCCGGGAAGGGCCCGAGGUGUCCCUGGAGGCCCGCAGCCGGCCGGGUACCUUCCCUCGUGAUUACCGGCACCCGGAGCCGCACACGCCUCUGGAGCCGACCACGCAGGAUCAGGAGCCCCGGACCCUGAGCGCCGCCCCGCUGGCCCGGAGACCCGCCCUACAGAGGCCACCGCCGCCCAAGCGUGAGCUCCGGCCACCGCCGGGGGGCGCGCCCGGCCAGCCCCGCACCUCGGUGGCCUCCUCGGAGGCGGUGGACACGCAGAGUGCGCGGCGCGUGGAGGAGCCCACGGCCCCGCCCCACCGGGAGGCGCCGCUCCCCGCCCCAUUCCGGUCCCUGCAGACCUCCACCAUGGACACUUCGCGCUCGCCGUCGCCGCAGUUCGCACCGCAGAAGCUGACGGACAAGCCCCCGCUGCUCAUCCAGGACGAGAACACCGCCAGAAUCGAGCGGGUGAUGGACAACAACACCAUAGUGAAGAUGGUGCCCAUCAAGAUAGUGCAUUCAGAGAGCCAGCCGGAGAAGGAGAGCUGCCAGGCAAUGGCCCGCAUUCCCAAGCCACCUCCACUGCCCCGGGGCCUCGAGUGGGACCAGAUCAAGACGCUCAGCACGUCUGAGCAGUCCUACUCACGCUUCUGCCCCUACAGCUGCCAGAGUGCCGAGCCCCAGCCCCUUGCUGGCGCCCCGGGGCCCCCUGCCAAGGAAGGCCGGGCCUCCCCUCCCGCACUUAGCUACGUGAAGGCCAAAGACAGGACCGCCGCCGACCUCAAGUCAGAGGAGCUGGCCCGCGAGAUUGCAGGCAGGGAUAAGUCACUGGUGGACAUCCUGGACCCCGGCGUGAGGGUGAGAGCCACCACGGACCUCAUGGAGGGCAUCUUCCCCAGAGAUGAGCACCUCCUCGAAGGCACGCAGCAACGGAGGAAGCUGCUGCCCAAGGCGCCCUCGCCCAGGACGGCGGAGGAGAGGAGGGAGGAGACCAGCUUGCUGGCAGCCACACCCUUGGCCACCAACUCCGCCUACUACAGCACGUCGGCCCCCAAGGCGGAGCUGCUAAUAAAGAUGAAGGACCUGCAGGAGCAGCAGGAGCCAGAGGAGGACUCGGGCAGUGACUUGGACCACGACCUGUCAGUCAAAAGGCAGGAGCUCAUUGAGAGCCUUGGCCGCAAGCUGCAGGUGCUGCGGGAGGCGCGGAAGAGCCUGCUGGAGGACGUGCAGGCCAACAGCACACUGGGUGACGAAGUGGAGGCCCUGGUCAAGGCCGUGUGCAAGCCCAACGAGUUUGACAAGUUCCGCAUGUUCAUCGGGGACCUCGACAAGGUGGUGAACCUUCUGCUGUCGCUGUCCGGCCGCCUGGCCCGUGUGGAGAACGCCCUCAACAACCUGGACGACAGCACGCCUCCGGGCGAUCGGCAAUCUCUGCUCAAGAAGCAGCGCGUCCUGAUCCAGCAGCACGAGGACGCCAGGGAGCUGAAGGAGAACCUGGACCGCCGGGAGGGCAUCGUCUUCAACAUCCUGGCCAGCUACCUGGGCCCCGAGAGCCUAGCAGACUACGAGCACUUCGUCAGGAUGAAGUCGGCACUCAUCGUCGAACAGCGCGAGCUGGAAGACAAAAUACACCUGGGUGAGGAGCAGCUGAAGUGCCUGUUGGACAGCUUGCAGCCCGAGAGAGGCAAAUGA